AUGAGAAAGGGGACAUCGCCUUCCUGGAAAUGGAAACGAAGAAAUCUGCGUAAUUAUCAAAAUCAACAAUCUAUUUCUGGACUCGAAUCAAUCAAAAAGAUUUCAUGCUGAUUUUACUCAAGUCGUUAAAGAUUCGAAUCAAUCUUCCUCUGAUGUAGUAGGAGUAGGACCUACCUUUCUCCCUUCCCCUUCCCAUCCAAUCGCCGCCGCGCCGCACCCACAAUGUUCGAACCCAUCAAUAGUCCUCCCACCAUCGCCGCCGUCACCGUCAACGGUGGUCCCAAGCGCUACAAAUCAAAACAGCCGCCUCUUACCGUCCAUGCCGGCUGCACCUGCUUCCGCCUCCUCUGCCAUGCUUCUCGCAUUGGCGGGGUCAUCGGGAAAUCCGGCGUUAUCAUCAAACAGUUGCAGCAGGAAACCUCAGCCAAAAUUCGGGUCGAGGACCCGCCUCCUGAUUCCGACGACCGUGUGAUCACUGUCAUCGCCAACAGCGCAGCGAACAAAACAAUAUCAUUCAUUGAACAUAAUAAUCAACUAAACAAAAAUUCUGAUGAAGGUAGUGGAUAUAGUGAGGUUUCAGCAGCACAGGAGGCGUUGGUUAAGGUGUUUGAGAGGAUUUUACUUGUUGCUGCGGAGGCCGAUGGAGGGUAUUUUGCCCCUGGGGGAGUAGCUUCGUGUCGAUUACUAGCCGAUAAGAGUGUUAUCGGGUCUGUGAUCGGGAAAGGGGGGAAAGUGAUCGAGAAGAUCAGGAAGGAUACUGGAUGUAGGGUUAGGAUUUUAGUUCAAGAUAAGCUUCCUUCAUGUGCACUUCCUACAGAUGAAAUGGUCGAGAUUGAGGGUGAUAUUUUGGCCAUUAAAAAGGCACUUAUUGCUGUGACUCGUUGCAUUCAAGAUUGCACCCAUGCUCAAAGUCAAAAGACAAGGGGAGUUGUAGGUAGGACCCACACUACAGCUCCAUGGGAUCUCAUACCCAAUGGGAUUUCCAAUUCCCCCACACACACACACUCAGACUUUGACUUGCCUCCACCACGAAGUCAAGGUCAAGGUUUUCACCUUCACCCUCACCCUCACCCCCCAACAUCCAUAGAUGCUGACAUGGAAUCCCAGAAGGAAAUAGUUUUCAGGAUUCUGUAUUCCAGUGAUAAAGUGGGUAGCUUGAUAGGCAAAUCAGGGACAAUCAUUCAAGCCAUUCAAAACGAAUCAGGUGCCCAUAUAGCAAUUGGAGCUCCCGUUUCUGAUUGUGAUGAAAGAUUGAUCACCAUUUCUGCAAUGGAGAGUGCAGAGUCAAGAAACUCAGCUGCACAAAAUGCAGUGAUUCUUGUAUUCAAUAGGUCUGUUGAGUCUGGGUUUCAAAAGGGGAUGGAUAUGGCAUCAAGUGGGGCCCAGGUUUCUGCUAGACUUGUGAUUUCACAAAACCAAAUGGGUUGUCUGUUGGGUAAAGGUGGGUCCAUAGUUGCAGAUAUGAGAAAGGUGACUGGUGCUUUUAUAAAGAUAGUUGGUGAUCAUCAAGUUCCUAAGUGUGCACCUGAAACUGAUCAAGUAGUGUUGAUGACAGGAGAGAUGAUAAAUGUACGAGAUGCUUUAUACAGUGUUACUGGAAGACUAAGAAACAACUCAUUCUCAAAUAAAAUGUCAAAUAGCCAUGGAACUGGAACAACCAAGGGCACAUAUACACAUCAUCAAUCUUGUGUUGCCACGUCACAUUAUCCUAAUCAGCAUAAUACUAAUUUAACUCAAGCUAUGGAUAAUCUCAAAGUCUCAAGUAGCAGCAUAGAUCGUCCUCUGACACCUGGACAAUGGCACCUUCCGGUGGGACAGGAUAUUAGCACAGGGUCAACUUCUUUAGGUAGAUCUGCUAUAGUGAGUAACAUGAGUGUGGAAAUUCUAGUACCCCAAACUGUCAUUGCUUUGGUUUAUGGGGAGAAUGGAAGCAAUCUCACUCGUUUAAGACAGAUUUCAGGUGCAAAAGUGGUAGUGCAUGAGCCACGUUCAGGAACAAGUGAUCACAUUGUGGUUAUUUCGGGUACUCCCAAUGAAACCCAAUCUGCUCAGAGUCUCCUUCAAGCAUUCAUACUUGCAGACCAAUCAUAACAAACAACCAAAAUCACACAAUUUAUUUUACAUACAGCAAGUUAAAAAAGUAAUUUCAUUACAUCUUUUGUCUUUUUGAAACUAAGCCCCAAUGAAUUCAAAGUAACUGUAAACAUCCCGUAAGUUAUAGCAUCUUGUAUUAUAGACAUUGGAGGGUUUUGGUCUAACAUUCAAGAAAAGUAAAACAUGAAAAA